AGAUGUCACCUCAGUAGCUUGCUAGCGAGCAUUACCCGAGCGUAACAGAAAUAUUGCAGCUCUGGAUACACUUUGUCUGUAUGGGAAGUCACUAUAUUUGAAACGAACGUAUAUGUCUUAUCUGUUAGUUUCCCCACCAAAUUCUUAUUUACUUUGUCAGUGUGCAAGCGCGCUGCUAAAGUGACCACCCUGUACUCGUUACUGUUAAAAAGCUACGGUAGUUCUGCUAUCGUCCCCGACCAUGAGCUACGCUGCUAAAGAGGAGGGGGUCCACUGGACUGAGAAAGAGGGUCUGUGGCUUAAUGUGGUCGUGAAAGAAGAGGAGGAAGAGUCCGAUGUCACAAUCAACGGAGAGGAAGACGCGUUAACAGUGAAGGAUAACGAUGGUUAUGAUGAUGAUGGGGAGAUAAGUGUCACUUUGGACGAGGAAAUAGAGACAGAACAAGAAAACGAAGUGAAGACUGAGGAUGUGAUUAACAACAAAGAGGAAUUAGACUCAAAGUCUGACAGAGGGAAGAGUCCUUCAGUGGAACCAGAUCCAGAGAUGCCCAAGCUAGCAAGGCUACACGUAUGUUCCCACUGUGCAAAGACUUUUAAGUGGUUAUCCAAGCUGAAGGAGCACGAGAGAACGCACACAGGAGAGAAGCCCUUCAAAUGCUCCCAGUGUGGAAAGACUUUUACCCAGCUGGGCGGUUUGAACUAUCACGAGAGGACACAUACGGAAAAUGGAAAGACUUUCCCCUUGAAAAGGCAGGAGGGACAACAUACACAGGAGGGAAAGACGUACCACUGCUCUCACUGUGACAAGAGGUUCACCCAGGCUUCACAUCUGAAAGAGCACGAGAGGACACACACAGGAGAAAAACCUUUUCAGUGCUCUGACUGCGGAAAAUAUUUCACCUGGUUAUGGAACCUUAAAAUCCAUGAGAGGACACAUACAGGAGAGAAGCCAUACAACUGCUCCCUGUGUGGAAAAACAUUUACACAGUCCGGGGGCCUGAAAUAUCACGAGAGGACACACAGAGAAAAAAAGACCUACCACUGCUCUCAGUGUGACAAGAUAUUUUCUCGUUUAGGGAACCUGAAGAAGCAUGAGGGAACACACACGGGAGAUCUAUCACUGCUCCCAGUGUGAAAACAGUUUUAGUGAUUCAGGGAACCUGAAAGAGCAUGAAACAAUAUGUACAUUAUAAAAGCCCAUGGCAGAUUGGAAAUCUGUCAAUUUGAGCAAAAUGCCUGCUGGUCUGGAAAAGUUUUGUUUUGUUUUUGGUUGGCAUAUUUUAGAGUAAAUAAAAAUAAACACAGAUGAAAGGAGUUUCUUGGCUAGUGGUCAGUUAAGGCUAUUUUCUCCUAACAGAGACUUGGGCUACUCCCCACCGCCUCUUACAAGAUGGCCCGGCUGGGUUUUCUGUUGAGUUGGGGUCACGCAAACUCCAAUUCAAAAUUGAACACGGCAGAGACGUGCCCUGAAGGUCAUCAGUCAGACUGCCCAGAUCCUUGGAACUUGAGUCUCUAUAAGCGCUUUUACCGACCUCGCAGAAGUAUUCAGAACCCUGACCAGACCUCAUAUACCGCGUAAACAAACCGUACAUUGAUGUUUUCUUCUGUUUGAUGUUUAAUUUUAAAAACACUGAAACUCCAAAUUAAUUAUUGUAAAGUGUCGAGGCUUUUAUGUUGGGACAUUUUUAAAGACAAAACUUUCUUACAAAAUAAUUCAGCCCCACAUUGUAAUAUUUAGCACAGCUGCAUUGCGCUGCUUUAAGUCUUUGGGGGUAAGUGUGUACCAGCUUUGCACACAGUCUAGGGGGGAUCUUGACACCUUCUCCUUGAAAGGUUUUGUUAUGGUAAUUCCAUUAAUAUGAACUCUUUAUGGAAGUGAGUUCAGAGACAAAUUUCUCUUGGGACAGUUAGCAGUGUAUUAUAUAUUUGCAAAUAGAAAGAUGCGUCCUAAGCCUAUCAUAAUAGCCCUGUGAGGAUCUCUAAAUUAAUACAGGACAAUCAUCAGUACUUAAUGAGGAAAAAGGGGUGUGGUAAGAUGCUGCCCUGCUGUCCCAUGUCAAUAAUACACAUUCCCUUUGUUCUGUCAAUACCUUGGUUUUAACCAAGGGGCAGGCUGUCCUCCCCCACAUUAAUCCAAGGACCUUGUGGGUAACCUUUUAAACUCUGAAGGGAAACACAACAUCUGGACAAAGGACAGAAUAAUGAUGGUUUAAACAAUGCUCUACUGGUACCAUUCAAUGAUGACCAUUAACAAAUACCAGAUCCCCCUCUCCUACAUUCAUUUUCUUAUCCAAACAUGGGGACUCAAUACUUUGAACUAGUAACUCAUUCAUACACGUAUAGGACCAAGUAUACAUCAGUUCAAGACAUUUCCCUGACAGUUUGCUACAGAUUCUUCAGGUUGGUUGGAAAAUGCUUGCAGACCACAAUUUUCAAAUUGUGCCUCCGAUUCACUGUUGGACAUUGGCUGUUUUAUUCUUUAGCCACUCUAAUGUUGCUUUGGCCUUGUCCUUGGGAUCAUUAUCUUGCUGAAAGGUGAAUUUCCUCCCAGGCAUCAGUAUUUUAAUGGAAUUAAGCAGGAUCUCUUGCAGUAUUUCUCUGACCUGCAUCCACUCCCAGUCACUGAACUCUAUAGCUUCUUCAAAGUGAUUGUUGCCUUCUCUCACAACAGGUCUCCGUUGGGUUUUGUGUUGGGUUUCGGGGGACGGCCUUGUCUUGCCAGUACCUAGGCGUCGUGAUGCAGCUUCCACUUCCUUAUUCUUAAUCCAACCUUCCUCACUGGGAUAUCCAAAUAUUUGGAUCUUAUUUUGCACCGUUUUCCUAAUGUCUACAUUUGUAUUACUUUAUUUAUAACUUCUGUAGGAUGCUCUUUGGUCUUCAAUUUAUUUAACAUUUGGGCACUUUCUUACGUCUAUGUAAACGGAGAACUUUCAAGCAACAUUAAAACCAAUGUUUGUGUUUUAAAAUGAAAUACCAACCGGAAUGAAGUUGAUUUAUCGUUUGUCAUUCAGCCAUAUACUUUUGCAGGGAACUGUACAUGGCUGAUUCUCCACAGUCUGUGUAUCACACACUAUAAUAAAACACUCAAUGACUCUA